AGAGUUGUUUUUUGUUGUGUGUUGUUGGGUCUGUGGGGUGUCGCCGGGAUUGAGAUGGUUUUACGCUGUGAAAAUUCCGGCCCCCAUGACUGUAACCAUCAAUGAUAUGGCUCAAUUGACUCACGUUGAAAUCGACAUCAACGAAAUCCAGCUAAAAGAGGGCGUGGGUCGCGGUGCGUUCGGCGUGGUAAAGAAGGGCUUCUGGCGGGGCCGCGACGUGGCCGUGAAAAAGGUCGAGACUGAGCAGGAGAAGCGCGCCUUCCUGAACGAGCUGCACCAGCUGCAGAGAGUGAGCCACCCCAACAUUGUCGAGCUGAUCGGCGCCUGCACAAAGCCCGACUAUGUGUGCCUGGUCAUGGAGUAUGCCGAGGGAGGCUCCCUCUACAGCGUGCUGCACUCGGAUCCUAAGCCAACUUACAACGCUGGCCACGCCAUCUGGUGGUGUCUGCAGUGCGCGGAGGGUGUCCAGUACCUCCACGAGAUGCGGCUCGUGCACAGAGACCUGAAGCCCCCGAACCUGUUGCUGCUCGACUACGGCCGCAAGCUGAAGAUCUGCGACUUUGGCACGCUCUGUGACGUCAAGACGCACAUGACCAACAGUCGCGGCAGCGCCGCCUGGAUGGCGCCGGAGGUGUUCGAAGGUAACAACUACACUGAGAAGUGUGACGUGUUCAGUUUCGGCAUCAUCCUGUGGGAGGUGCUGGCGCGCCGGCAGCCGUUCCAGCACAUCGGCGGCCACGCGUUCCGCAUCAUGUGGGCCGUGCACAGCGGCAAGCGGCCGCACCUGAUCCAGGGCUGUCCAGAGGUGCUCGACUGCCUGAUGCGCCGCUGCUGGGAGAAGGACGCCGUCCUGCGGCCCUACAUGUCCGAGGUGGUGCAGAUUCUCAGCACCAUCCGACCGCUGUUCCCCGGCGGCGACGAGCGGCUCCGCUACCCGUCCAACAGCUCCUCGGAGCCCAUGGGACUCGGCUACGGCAUGGAGAACGAGACGGGCGAGCUGGGAGAGCCGUGCGAGCCGCUGCAGCGGCCGGCCGGCGCCGGUGUGGCCUACCACCAGCCGCUCAACAUGGAGCCGAUCGCCGAGCGCACGGAGGAGGGUCUGAGUGGCAGCAGCGAGCGGCGCCGAUCGGUACCGGCCUCGCCGCAGCCGCCGGCGCGGCCGCGGCCCGACUCGCUGCUGCCGCGGCCGGCCGCCAGCCUGGAGGAGGACCCGUACCAGGUGCCGCCGCUGCCGCGCCUGCCGCCGGCGGCGCCGUACCGCCUCAGCCCGACGGCGGCGGCGCCCUACCUGGUGGGCCACCGGGGCGGCGCGCCGCACCGGCCCUCGCCCACCAGCAUCCCCGAGGAGCCGGGUGGCGUGCUGCCGCCGGCGCCGGCCGCCGGUGUGCCCUCGCCCACGGCGGCCGCGCUGCCCGGCCAGCUGGGCGGCGACGAGCGCAGCAAGCGCCACUCGGCCGACCUCAGUCAGCUGGAGCGGGCGGGCGCGCGGCCCGGGCUCGCCGGUCCGCCCGACGACACCACCCACCUCACACACGAACAAAAGAAGGCGCUCGGCCACCGAAGGACGGCUUCGUACGGCUCCUCGUCGGGCAGUGUGACGGCCGCCGAGACGACGGGCGUGUCGGCGCCGAGCACUCCGGUGGGCGCCCAGUCUGUGCCGACCGACCUGCACCGUCUUCCGCAGCGUCAGGGCAGCGCGCCGCCGGCCGUCAGCGCCUCAGGGGACCGACAGGAUGACGACUUCGUGUUCGACGACAUCUUUGAGAUGCUGGACGCGGACCUGCAGCCGGUGAAGCCGGACCCCGACUGCCCCGACUCCAGGAGGGUGUUCGAGAACCACAAAAAGCUGGCCAAGGACUACCUGAAGCUGCAGACCGAGGUGACGCUGCUCAACACCAAGAAGAAGCAGCUGGAGGACCGGCUGCACCGGACGGCCACCGAGCGGCACAGUCGCGACACGCCCAAAUACGUGUCCGACCUGGUCAAACUGCAGGAGGAGAACGAGAACCUCCGCAAGCUGCACCGCAAACUGAUGGCCGAGCGGGACCAGCUGACGCGACCGCGCUCCGACCAGCUCUCCGACGACUGGAGUGUUCUCUCUGGCUGACGGACGGCACUGCCCGGCUGAUGGAGCGUGGUGUCCACCUGAUGGGACGUCUGCCGGCGGCUACAGCCCAGCUGACGCCGGCUACACGGCAUCGGCAAGGGCUGGAGCCCUCGUAUUAGCCUCUACAUACAGCCCAGCCUCCGAGCCUACAGCCCAGCUGAUGGCAAUUAUGCCGCAGCCAACGGUGAAGAUCACGCGAUUGAAGUUGACGGUCCCACCAGACAGGGUCUGUUGCGGAAACGCCACCUGGUGGAACCGUUGGAGAUAUUUGGUGCUGCUACCUGGUACCCCUUCUGAUCAGCUAUCAACAGCGCCAUCGACCAUCCUGCCGGUCCAGUCUCUGGUGGUCUGGUGGUCCAGUGCUGGUCUCUAGUGGCUCUGCGGGUCCAGUGCGGGCCUCUGGUGAUCCUGAUCCUGCCGGCCCGGUGUUGCACAGGCCAUCCCUGCCGCCUCAGCAUCACUGCCCUCUGGUGGCUGGAAGGUCGCAGCUGAGGUGCGGACGCCUCUCGGGUAGCCAAGUCCUCCGCCCGAGUCAGUGGGUGCGGGACUGUGGGAUGUGAUUACCACAGCCAGUCACGGCCGUGCCCCGGCUGACCGCCGGCCGGUGACCUCCACUGAGGGUGACACUGCCGCCGGCCAGUGGCGGCGCUCGCUCCGCGGACAGACUGACAUCUCCCCUCUGAGGGUGAUGCUGCGUCAGCCGCCGGCCAGUGACGCCGCUCGCUUCGCGCACGGACAGACACGCUUGACCGGCGCGCUGUCCACCCGCUAUGCUGGGUGAGACGCGCCCCUGCCGUGGCUUAUACCGCGACACCGUCCGGCGGCCGUGCUGGUGCGGGGGCCGGCUGUGACCGCAGCUGGUCGGACGGCCCUCACCAGUGACCAGGGUCAGUGUUGUCGUGCUGGCUGAGGACUCACGGCUGUUUUACUGCAGUGACACGAGCCCGGGCCCGUCCUGGCCGACUGUCCUGUGGCCGGUUGGUGUGGCGGUCCCCGAGGGGCUCCGUGUUCCUGUCUGUGCCUGUCGCUGGGUUCUGGUGCCGAUUCCGGACGCCGUGGCGCGACUGUAUUAACACUGGUGCCGCGCUGGUGCCGCUGGUGCCGCUGCAGUGGUGUUGCUGUGGUGAUUGGUCAGCGGUAGAGUCAGUGUGUGGUGUCACUAGCCUGUCUGGGUGUCAGAGUCCCCGGCCCUGUACUGUGAGGCUCGGUGUUUGACUGUGACCGUGCGACCUGUGUGGAGGGUGCGAGAGGCCUGUCGUCCCCGCCCCGGUGACGCCCAUGAGCUAUGCUCUGUGAUAUAUAUUGGAUAAUAUUGGAUGAAUACAGUAUGGUGUUUA